CCAAUUUCCAACCACACAAAAACACAAUGGGUGCGGACGGCGGUAGUAUUCCAACUCGCCGCGAGCUCGUCGUUGUCAAGAAGCGUGAUAAAGUGCUGGAGCGCGAUGUCGAGCUGGCACUGCGAUGGACCAACUGCGCACUGAGCUCGCUCUCGCUGCGUGAGCCCAUCGUUGCGUGUGCGCUGGGCCGCAUGUACAACAAGGAAGCAAUUCUGCAGCUGCUGCUCGACCGCGCGUCGUUCGGCGAGCAGGGCAAGGUCGCCAGCCACAUCCGCGGCCUGCGCGACGUCACAGAGCUCAAGCUCACCCGCCUCGGAGGAGGAAGCGCCACAACGACGACGACGACGACGACGACCGCAGCAGACACCAAGGCGAACGAACCGAGCGCGUCAUCGUCCAACCCGUUCGCGGCGACUCCGACCGCGACGCUGGCCGCGGAUGGCGCAGUGGGUGCCGACGGUCGCCCCAUCUACUAUUGCCCAAUCACACACCGCGAGAUGACGGGCAGGUACAAGUUUAUCUUCUUCCGUGGCUGCGGAUGUGUCAUUUCAGAGCAGGCGCUGCGUGAAGUCUCGUCGGAUGUCUGCAUGGUCUGCUCGUCGCCAAUUGGCGAGUUUGACACGGUUACCAUCAACCCGAGCGCGGAAGAGGAGGAAAAGCUGCGCGCAAACAUGCUCUUGCGCAAGAACGCUGGCAAGGCGGGAUUGUCCUCAACGAAUGGAACGACUGCAGCGAAUGGCAAUGGGGGUGCGUCGGCCACCGCCAACCCCGUUGUGCGUGGCGAAAAGCGCACUGCAGACGAAGAUGCAGUGAGCACGCACAACAAGUCUGGCAGACAAAGCGGCGUUGCUGACGUGCAUGGAGCGCCUUCUGCUGUCACUGCCGCUGCCAGCUCUGGCGGCGCAAACCCCGCAGCAAGGAAACCAGUUGGUGCAGCCUUGACUGCUGCGGGUGGUGCCGCAGCGGCCGCCCCGGCAGCCAAACCUGCGACGUAUGGAGGCAUGUUUUCAUCGCUCAGCAGCACGACAAAAGCACAGCCUGCUCGCUCUGGAUCGGGUGUUGCGACAACUCUGCUAAGACGAUGAAAGUGUUGCGUCUGUGAUGAAUUUGAAGCGUUUGUGAUGAAUAAGUUUUGCCCCAUAAAUACACCUUGGUCUCAUUUAAC